AUACUUCUUUUGAUUGAACAUCAUGAAUCCAGUUCCAAACAACCAUUUCCUUACUUCUUUACCCCAGAAUGCUACCGGAUUUGAUCCAUCUGUCUAUUAUCCACAAACCACUUACCCACCAUUCCAAUUUGGUACUCCACUACGACAACCAGUACGUUCAGGAUCAAUGGAUUAUCAGGAACAGCAUCAGCAACAUCAACAAGACGUAGCAGCAACAGCAGCAUUUCAAAUGAUGGCCUAUCAACAACAGCAACAGUUACAUCAGCAAUUACAGCAACAAGAUCAUCAAAGAUCCGGAUCUCAGGAUACUGCAUCGACCAGCUCUCCUUCUCUUUCGGCCCAGUCGGCAAAAAGAGGGCAAUCAAAGGCAGACAGAAGAGCGGAACACAAUGCAAUUGAACGAGCCAGACGUGAGAGUCUUAACACAAAGUUCCAGCAACUGGCCCAUACUUUACCCAACCUACAGAACGACAGUCGUCCUUCCAAAGGAACCAUUAUUGAGCGCACCUUGGACUUUGUUAAACACGCACUUGCUAAAGAGGAACGAUAUCGUCAUGAGAUCCGUGAACUUCGGUUAGCCAAUCGUCAAUUGCUAGGUCAACUCUCCCACCAGACAAUCAAGGAGAGAGCUAGUGAAAAAUCUGUGAUUGAUCAAUCAGACUGUGCCGAUCUUCAGCAACAAAUACAUCAUCAUCACCAUCAUCAACAACAGCAGCAACAACAGCAACAGAAUCAUCCUUCUUUUCUUGUAUCUCCAAUGCAUGGAUUGCAACAACACAAAGCUUCUUCUGCUUCUUCUUCUGCUUCUUCAUUAUCGUCUCCUUCUGCGUCGGCCAAUAUGGACACAAUACAAAUCCCACUUCCACUCCCACUCCCACUCCCAAUCUCGCUUCCAAUCUCAAACACAAACACAAACACAAAUACAGGCAUAGGCACAAGCACAAGCACAAGCACAAGCACAUGGGACAACUCAUUCUAUAAUCCAGCCUUUUGUGACGGUUCACCACUAACCACUGGAUCACCAAUGGACGAACCAAGCGAUGAUGAAAAUAGUCUUAAUGGAGAAAUCGAAGAUCAGUUCUGCAGUACUAAUAACAGUACUAAUGCUAACAGCAAUAUUCAUGCUCAUCAAAACUUCUUGUCAAUGUCCAAUGGAAUUUACACAAAAGCCCCUAAUAAUAAUAGUAGUAAUACUAUUGGUGGUCUCUCAAGAAAUUACGAGCGCAAUUCUGUAUCUUAUCAAGGAUAUCCGCCAUAAAUAACAAACUUUUAUAUGUAUGUAUAUUGCAAAGGUCCUUAUUCUCUUUCCCCCUCUACCAUGAUUCCAAACCAAAACAAAACAAAAUAUGCCUUACAGAAAACAAGACACACAUGUAUAUUUUUCCCUUCCGCCCACAAGGCAUAUUUUCUUAUAUCAUAUUAUGUAUGAAUCUUCAACCAGCCAACCAACCAACCAACCAACCAACAGCAAAAUCAUUCCUUUCUUUUUUUUUUGUCUUAAAAAAAGGUUUUUUUUUAUUACACUUUCCUUCACUUUACUUUACUCGUUCAUUUUACCCUCUUUCUACCAUUACUAGUUUUAUUAUAUUUUUGCACAUAUCAUGUAUAUUUCCAAGCCUUUCUUUCUUUAUUUAUUUAUUUAUUUUACUUAUUUAUUUAUUUAAUAUUUUAUUUGCGUCCUUUCCUUUUUAUUAUAUAUUUCACAACAGCCAAUACACGAUACCCUUUUAUAUAUAUAAUAAUUUAAAAUAAAAUAAAGAUUCAAAAUCUUGGAAAUCUACAAUAAUUAUU